AUGCCCUUGCCAUUCUCCCUAGUCUGUGACUUGUUGGAAGAAUCCUAUGCCCUUGCCACAGCUCGCAAACCGUUUAAACAGGCCUUUGUAGCUUGGUGUGCUCGACACCGCAGUCGUAUAAAUGCGCCUGACACCAAUCUUGCAGCCCUGUUGUCUACUCUGUUGCCCGAAAAGAGAACAGACAGGGUAUACUGUAUUCAGGCAAACGGCCUUGAGCGCAUUGUCGGGCGUGCUUUAAUCCUUGGCUCUUCUCGAAUCAAGGAACUCGCCAUUUAUAAGCAGCCCGGCCUUGGCUUAGAUCUUGCUGAUUGCGUAGAGCGUAUCCUGAAUGUUACUCCCAACCCGAUUUUGCCGGAAGCGCUUCAGAUUACUGUUGAAGAAAUUGACGAGGCCUUGCACUCUGUUGCAGCCAAAGUAAAAUGGAGCUCGCCAGCUAUAAGGACCUCGGACGCUACAUGUAGUUUUGCCGAAUCACCUGGUCGCAGUGUUCUAGAGACGAUUUAUAGACGGCUCUCUGCGAGAGAUGCCAAGUGGUUUACCAGACUUAUUCUGAAGGACUUUCAGCCCCUGGUGUUUGACGCAUACCAAGUGUAUCAUUCGUGCGAUCCCAUUUUACCAUCAAUAUUGAAGAUCCGGGAAGAUUUUACCAUUGCUAUCGAGACCAUACAAAAGCUUAGGAAAGACAGGCGAUCCUUAGGCCAGGGGUCAUCAUACGUUGAUCGAGAAUGUUUGGCACGGAUCGGGCCACAGCUUUUAACCAAGGUGGGGAGGCAGCAGUGGUUUAAAGCUCGCAGCAUAAAACAUUGCAUUAGUAUGUGCACGGGCUUGAUGAGCGUUGAAGCGAAAGUGGAUGGAGAAUAUUGCCAGAUCCAUGUUGAUGCCAGCAAAGGUAGGCGUGGUGUUCAAAUCUUUUCCAAGAGUGGGAAAGACAGCACUGAAGACAGAAAGCGGUUGAUUGGAAUCAUCACGGAUUCCUUAGGGAUAGGAAUGGCCGGGUGCGGCAUAAAGACCGAGUGUAUCCUGGAAGGAGAAUUGGCAGUUUACAGCGAGUUGGAAAAGAAAAUCCUCCCUUUUCAUCAUAUUCGAAAACACGUCGCCCGUCGUGGCCGGUUCAUGAAUACAGAAGAGGACAUCCCGCCGAGGCCCCAUGAACACCUAAUGAUAGUUUAUUACGACAUCUUGCUUCUCAACGGCCGAUCCUUACUUGAUGUUCGACACUCGGAAAGAUUCAAACUGCUUGAGGAAGUGGUUCAUUGUGAUAGGGGGCAAGCUGAACUCGUACAAAGGCAGAUUAUCAACACCAAUCACCCAAUGGCAGCUUCAGCGUUGCGGAAUGCAUUCGCAAAAGUUAUCACAGACAGAAGCGAAGGCCUAGUGCUAAAAGCAGACCAGCCAUACUUCAACUUCAGUGGCGAUGAACGGCCAUUUACAAAUCAUUGUAUCAAGUUCAAAAAGGACUACAUCGGCCGCUUUGGCGAGGUUGGUGAUUUUGCCGUGGUUGGAGCGGGUUUCAGUCCGGCAAAGGCAAGGUCAUACAAUAUCAACAACCUCAAAUGGACUCAUUUUUACGUUGCCUGCAUUGAUAACAAGGAGGAAGUCAAGCGGUGGAAUGCUACCCCCGAAUUUACUGUCAUAAACGUUGUUGAGCUUAAUGAAGCCAUGCUCAAGACGUUUAUGUCAUGUACAAAUCCAAAACCAGUCCCGGCGGAAGACAAUGUCGAGACCAAAUUGAUACUCGCUGCUGGAGUUCAGGCAAUACCUAUGACUGUGGCAUUUACCAACCCUCCUGUCUUCGACCUGAGAUGCUUCAGUUUUGACAAAGCAGGCAACACAAAUUGGUGGAGUUUACGAUUUCCAUCUGUCGCAAAAAUUCAUUUUGACCGAGAUUAUUCUGAUGUACUCUCCUUCAAUGAGCUACAAAAUAUUGCCGAGACUGCCACCGCUACCCCUGAGAUGGAAGAUAGCCAGGAUAAUCUCGCAUGGAUUGCGAAACUAGAGCAAGCAGAUCCUAGAGGACUAGCUGUCGAUGCUGCUACGCAGCUGACGGCAACGACUAUGCCAACUCCAUCACCAAGACGGGCUUCUUAUAAUUCGCCAGGCUCGCUUCCUCUCAUCAGGCAGGUUACUGAAGGCUCCCUAGAGCGAUCGGUUGAACUAUUAGGCACCCCAGCGCCAGAGCCUCAAAAGCUUGCUGCAACGCAACCACCACCAGCCAUAAGCCACUUAAAAAACUCCAUCUUCACAAAUGAUAAGAGAAAACGUGCUGCAUCACCAUCGAUCUCUUUCUCGCCGUCGAAAAAGCACCGUAAGGCUUCAAUGAAUGAGAUCCCACAACCAGAAGUUUCGAACCACGGACGCCAGCCUGAAUCACCAACGCGUCGCACAUUGGGGGAGAUAACUGGCAAUUCAGUCCAAAGACCACGGAUAUCGACAUUUCCUCCCACUGGCUGUCCGCGUAAAAACCAAAGCCAAAAUUUCUGUAACCGCUCUAUAGGCAAUAAGGGGAAAGAUGAAAGUGUUGAUAGGCCGGAGAGCGGUGCAGACAAAUCCACAGAGUCCUCGUCUUCUUUCCCUCCAUUGCAUGAUAGCGCUAUCGUAAUACCAGAUAGCGAGGAUGAGGGCGACGAGACCGACAGCAACUGCACUACCUCAUCUUCGCCUCUAGCGAGAAGAUAUGAUGAGCGAAAAGUUGGCAGGGGAUACUUGCAUCAACAUGUUGAAGAUGCUGAGAUUAGCUGUCAAUAUGCUGGGUCUGAAUGCCAGCUAAUUGGUCGACUCAUUUUAGUACCAUCAUAUCUUUCAGGUGCCGAAGAGGUCAAACCCUUACUUCAAGCUCACGGGAUAACAAACGUCGUCAGUGACGCUAAAGCUUGGGUCAAGGAGAAUGCAGCCAGUAUUUCUCUACUACCAGAUGGGCAAACAGGGCCUAACAAGAUCCUGUUCGUCGACUCGGUAGAGAAAGAGCCAGAGACAAAGGCUUUGCUCUCUAAAUUGGAAGAUAUUCGUGAGAAUAUUCCGGAAGAGCGGCGAGAUUGGAUAAGUGUUUUUGACUGGAGAGUUUUGAAUCAUCUCACUAUUUACGAAGACGAAGAGAAUACGAAAAAGUAUUAUGAUGGGUUUUAUGACCCGUGGCGGCGUUGGUACUGUGGGUUGAUUUAA